AUCACUGAAGAUUUCAUUGCUACGUAUCAGGCUAAUUACGGCUUUUCUAGUGAUGGUGCAUCUAGUUCUACUGUGAAUGUCCAGGACCCCAACCCAAAGACAGUAGAAGAACCUCCACAAAGAGAAACCCCAGAAACCACUGACUCCAAAAAGAGGGGAGAAAAGAGAAAGGCCGAAUCAGGAUGGUUCCAUGUUGAAGAAGAUAGAAAUACAAAUGUAUACGUGUCAGGUCUGCCUCCAGACAUCACAGUGGAUGAAUUCAAAAGAAUCCGUGGAACUUGCAUUAAAACUUUUGGAUGAAGAUGAAAUUAGAGGCUACAAAUUGCAUGUUGAGGUGGCAAAGUUCCAGCUGAAGGGCGAGUAUGAUGCCUCAAAAAAGAAGAAGAAGUGCAAAGAUUAUAAGAAGAAACUGUCUCUGCAGCAGAAGCAGUUGGAUUGGAGACCUGAGAGGAGAGCUGGACCAUCCCGGAUGCGACAUGAGCGAGUUGUCAUCAUCAAAAAUAUGUUUCACCCCAUGGAUUUUGAGGAUGAUCCAUUGGUGCUCAAUGAGAUCAGAGAAGACCUUCGAGUAGAAUGUGCCAAGUUUGGACAGAUUAAGAAGCUCCUUCUGUUUGAUAGGCACCCAGAUGGUGUGGCCUCUGUGUCCUUCAGGGAACCAGAGGAGGCUGAUUAUUGUAUUCAAACUCUUGAUGGAAGGUGGUUUGGUGGCCGUCAAAUCACUGCUGAAGCCUGGGAUGGGACUACAGAUUACCAGGUAGAGGAGACCUCAAGAGAGAGAGAGGAAAGGCUGAGAGGCUGGGAGUCCUUCCUCAAUGCCCCUGAGGCCAACAGAGGCCUCCAGCGGAUGGAUUCUGUCUCUGCUUCAGAACAGGCAGGGCCUUCCAGAGGAAGGCAUUUUUCAGAGCACCUGAGCAUGUCUACCACAGGUGCUCAGGAAGCUACAACUGGAAUAGCACUUGAAGAGCCUAUCGAUGAAAAGAAGUUUGAAAAAGCAGAAGAUGGGGGAGAAUCUGAAGGAGAUGCUUCUGAAAAAGAUGCUAAAGAAGGUGGGUACGAGGAAGGUUACCCUGAAAGAGAGGGUGAAGAGGGCUCCUCCAAGAUAGAGUGUGAAGAGGGCUGCCCCAAGACAGAGUAUCAAGAGGGCCACCCCAAGAGAGAGAGUGAAGAGGGCUACCCCAAGAGAGAGAGUGAAGAGGGCCACCCUGAGAGCAAGCUUGAAGAGGGGAAUCCUAAAAUGGGAUCUCAAGAGAAUGGCCCUGACAGAGAAUCUAAGAAGAAAGGCAAAGAUAAUUAUGAAAAGAAUGGCCUGGCAAAAGAGUCUGAAGACAAUGAGCUCAGCAGAGAGUCAGAAGGGGAAGAGAGCCUCAAGAAAGAGUCUGAAGAUGAUGACUCAGAGGAAGAAUCCAAGGAAGACUGCCCAGAAAAGCUGUAUGAAGAUGACUCUGACAAGGAAUUAGAAGAAAAUGGUGUUAAAAAAGAUUUCGACCAGGAUACCUCUGACAAGGAGUUCCCUGAAAAUGUUGAGAAAGAGUCAGAAGAAAAUGACACUGACAAAUCAGAAGGUGAUGAAGGCUCUGAAAGAGUGUUAGGUGAGGAAGGCUCUGAGAGAGAAUUUGAGGAAGACUCAGAUGAAAAGGAGGAGGAGGAGGAAGAGGAGGAAGAGGAGGAAGAAGACAGAGAAGAGGAAGAAGUUGUAUAUGAAAAGGUUUUUGAUGAUGAGUCUGAUGAGAAUGAGGAUGAAGAAGAAGCAGAAGAAAAGGAGUGUGAAGAUGCUGAUGACAAAGAGGAAGAAGAUGACACAGAUGACAAGCUCUUUGAUGACUCCGAUGAAAAGGAAGAUGAAGAAGAUAGAGAUGUAAAGCAAGAUGAAGAUACCAAUGACAAGCUAUUUGAAGAUAAUUCCAAUGAGAAGUUUUUUGAUGAGGAAGAAGAUGCCAGUGAGAAAUUGUUUGAUGAUUCUGAUGAGAGAGGGACUAUGGGGAAUGUGAAGGAAGAUGGGUCUCAGUCCACCGACAGCAGCUUUGCCCUCAGUAGUGAUGAUGAUGAUGAAAUGUAAUCCUUUCCACUUGCUUUUUAGGGAGAGCCCUGCGUCUCUGUUUGCCUGUGCUUCAGGAUCAGUAGUAGUGUUACAUCAACAAGUGCAUAGUGGUAGGAUGCCAUCAGACUAAUGUCUCGAAGGUUUUUGUUCUUACCUAUAACAAUGAAUUAGUAUGUGUCUAUUGGUUCUUCAGUUAAAACUUCAUAGUUUAACGCAAGGAAACUGGAUACCUGUCGUUUUGUUGGAUUUGUUAAAUGCAUGCAAAAGAAUAUUUUUAAAGUAUCCUAAUUGGAGUUUGUGAUAUUCAGAAAUAAAGAUAAAUUGAUAAUAUGCAGAAACUGA